AAGAAAGCUGCUGCUCGUGGUGUAAGCCUCGAGGAAAUGAUGCAGGCAGAAAAGAAGAAAAAACAAGAAGAACUUGAAAGACAACUUGCAGAAAAAAAGGCUUUAGCUGAACAACAAAAAAAAGAGAAGGAAGCACAACAAAAAAAGAAGCCAAGUAAUAACACUAACAAAAACAAACCUUCAGCACAAAAGCCUGCAACUCAAGCCCCAGCAACAACCUCCAAUACAAAACAACCAGAAAAAGACAUUUCUUCACCAACACUAUCAACAACUUCAACAACCUCCAACAUAUCUGCAGUUUUUAAAGAAAUUCCAACUGGUUCAUCUAAAAUUUACUUCCAAGCCAACAAAGAAUGUUCCGAUAUUAUUGAAAUUAUUACUAAUGAUGUUAUUGGAAAGGAAACAUCAUCUAAACACUUGAAUACUCCUAUUUUGAACUACUUUUCCAGUAUUUUAUCAUCUCAAAAUGAUGUUGUAACAAGAAGAAAAGAAACAGAUGUUGUAGAUGUAAUAUCUUCUUAUCUUGUUAAAACCAAAACAUCCAAUAACCUUGAAGACGCCAAGGCAGUGGUAAAUGUAAUGAUUCAAACAUUAAAGGAAAGAGGUAUUUUGAGAACUGAUAUCAAGGAAGAGGAACAUGUUGUUUUAUUGGAAGAAGCUAUCAGCUUGGGUAAACGUUUCGAAAAGGAUGUUGCCGAGCAAGAAUCUAUGAUUUCUCAAACUGGUAUGGCUUCAGUACAUCAACAACUUUCCGAAUCUAAUUGGAAUGAUGACUUGGAUUGGAAACAAAAAGCAAUCAAGGAUAAAGAAAAAAAGAAGAAGGAAAAAGAAGAAGCCAUCAUCAAACAAAAACAAAAAGAGUAUGAAGAGUUCUUAAAGAAGAGAGGUUUGACAAAUCAAAGAGGUGUUAUCAAGGUCCAUACGGCUCAUGACUUUAAGGGUCCAAGAGAAAUUCGUGUCUCUGAUGUUACGGUUUCUGUGGGAAGUAAGACUCUUUUGGUUGGUACUGAUGUAACACUUUUGAAUGGUCGUCGUUAUGGUAUGAUUGGUAGAAACGGUAUUGGUAAAACUACGUUGUUGAGACAUAUUGCAGAGAGAGACUUUAAGGGCAUUCCUCCAUAUUUGCAAAUUUUACAUAUUGAACAAGAAAUUGUUGGUGAUGACAUUUCUGCCAUUGAUACUGUUCUCAAUACAGAUGUAGAAAGAUUAUCUUUAUUGAAGGAAGAAAAGAGAUUAUUAGAAGAUGGAUCAGAGGAUUCAGGUCAAAAAUUAUCAGAAAUUUAUGAAAGAUUGGAUGAAAUUGAUGCUCACAGCGCAGAAGCAAGAGCUGCUGCUAUCCUCUCGGGUUUGCAAUUCACUCCUGAAAUGAUGCACAUGAAGACCAAGUCCUUGUCUGGAGGUUGGAGAAUGAGAGUUGCUUUGGCAAGAGCUUUGUUUGUUGAACCUGAUAUUUUACUUUUGGACGAACCUACAAACCAUCUUGACUUGUUUGCUGUCAUUUGGUUGGAAGAAUAUUUGAAGAAGUAUGACAAGACAUUGGUAGUUGUUUCUCACGCCAAGAGAUUCUUGAAUGCUGUAGUUACAGAUAUUAUUCUUGCUAAAGAUCAAAAGCUUCACUAUUACAAGGGUGAUUUUGAUACUUUUGAAAAGACCAGAAAGGAACAAUUGGUACAACAACAAAAAACACACGAUGCUCAAAAGAAGCAAAGAGAACACAUUCAAAAGUUUAUCGACAGAUUCAGAUAUAAGGCAGCUACAGCCAAAAUGGCUCAAUCCCGUAUUAAGGUUUUGGAAAAAAUGGAUUUUACUCCUGCAGUUGUUGAAGAUCCAACAUUUAGCUUUACAUUCGAUUCACCUGAUGCUGAGAAUCCACCAUAUCUCCAAGCUGUAGACGUCACUUUUGGGUAUUCAAGAGAAAAGAUCCUUUUCAAAAAGUUGAACUUCAAUCUUGACAUGGAUUCCCGUAUUGCUCUUGUUGGUCCAAACGGAACAGGUAAAUCAACAUUUUUGAAUAUUUUGGCAGAAGAAUUAAAAACACUUGAAGGUCAUGUCAAUAUUAAUAGAAAGAUCAGAAUUGCCAAGUUCAGUCAGCACCAUAUGGAACACUUGAAUGCACAAAUGACUCCUCUUGAACACAUGGCAAGCAUCUUUACCAAUGAAAAAGAACCUGGAUUAAGAGCCCAACUUGCAAAAUUGGGUAUUACAGGUGAUUUGGCACUCCAACCAAUUUAUACUUUAUCUGGUGGUCAAAAGUCAAGAGUUGUUUUUGCAGAAAUCACAUUCAGAAAGCCUCACUUGCUUCUUUUGGACGAACCUAGCAAUCACUUGGAUAUUGAUACAGUAGAUGCACUGAUUGCUGCCCUCAACGAAUACAAUGGAGGUAUUUUGAUGGUCAGUCACGACGAAUACUUAAUCACUUCUGUUUGUGACGAAAUUUGGGUUUGUACUGGUAAAUCAAUUUCCAAAUAUCCAGGCGAUUUCUAUGAUUACAAGAAAGAGGUUAUGAAGGAAAUUGUUGCUGCUCAACAAUAACACAUUAUUUCCCAAAAUAGAAAUUAAAUUAGAAUAUUUAUUGUUU